AGAUUGUGUCAAAACAUCUGGUCGCUCCGCGCUCGCUUUUAGCUCAUUUUUGUGUGUGCAAAAAGUUCCCCUCUGAACGAGACACGAAUCGAAGAAAAUAUGGCCAGCCGUGAAGCCGUUCGCCGGGCCGUACAGAAUGUCCGGCCGAUUCUGUCCGUAGAUCGGGAGGAAGCCCGGAAACGUGUGCUCAAUCUGUACAAGGCCUGGUACCGCCAGGUUCCCUACAUUGUGAUGGACUACGAUAUUCCCAAAUCGGUGGAACAGUGCCGCGAUAAACUUCGGGAGGAAUUCCUCAAGCACAAGAAUGUGACGGACAUUCGGGUGAUCGAUAUGCUUGUGAUUAAGGGCCAAAUGGAGCUGAAGGAGUCUGUUUCGAUCUGGAAGCAGAAGGGACACAUCAUGCGCUACUGGAAGGAAAGCGAGGAGCCCAAGCCAACCGAUUUCCUGUCGAAAUUUUUGUCGGGAAAUAACUGAACGACCUGCAGGCAGAACACGGGCUAAAAAGAAUGAGGGUUUUAAUGCUAUGCGUUGUAAGUAGUUGGAAUAAAGA